AUAAAUAUCAUACAUAGAUUGGAGAAGUAAGCGUUAACAAACGUUUUUAAAAAGAGAGGGCGGGAGAGAGAGAGAGAGAAAAAAGAAACACAGCGAGCGAGAGCGCGAGAAAGCAAAAGUUAAACUGGCAUGAUACGGACGCGCCCAGUGGUGACUUUCCACAAGCGACAUGGCGGCCUCCGUGAGACGGAUCCACCACAUUUCUCUGCACGUCUCCAAUGUGGACAAACUGGCCAACGACUUCCGUAACAAAUUCAAGUUCAACCUGUUCGCGACCAGGCUGACGGAGAGCACCCGGCAGCUCGCCUUCAGGACCGGAUCCGCCGUGUUUGUCGUCAACGAGAGGGCGAACCGAGGAGACCGCGGCCGGCUCAAUGUCGAGCCGCAGCCGCCGGAGCAUCACCACGCGGCGGGGUGCCUUUACGACGUCACGUCGCACCACCCGGUAGACACGGCGUGCAACGUGUGCUUCGAGGUGGACGACGUUCACGGCUCGUACGAGGCUCUUCGGCGGAUGGGCUGCAGCUUCCCGGUGCCGCCCACCACCGUGCGGGACCACCGGGGCCAGGUCACCUACGCCGUGCUGCGCUCCGUGGUGGGAAACGUGUGCCACACGUUGAUCGACAAGAGCGAGUACCCGGGAAGCUUUUUGCCCGGCUUCCUGGUGACGGAAGGCGACCAAGAGAAGCAGCACCGACCUGAGGCUGUCACUCACGUGGACCACAUCACUUACGCGUGCGCCACCGGUACCAGCCAGAAAGUCCAGAGUUGGUACCAACAACUAUUUGGCUUCCAGAGGUUCUUCAUCCAUCGAAAUGACGAAGCGGACAGCGGCUUUGUCAUCAACCAGAAGGGCAUCGGCCUCCGCCUCUCCGCCAUGGAGUACAGGAAAUGCGGCGAGUCGGGCCUGUCGCUGCCCGGCGCACGGCAAAACCAGCCCGGAUGCAAGUUUGUCCUCGCCGAAUCGCUGCCCGAUCAAGGCAGUAACCAGGUGAACACUUUUUUGGAGGAGCACCAGGCGGCGGGGGUCCAGCACAUUGGACUGUACACAGGCGACAUCGUGGAAGCGGCGCGCCACAUGGCCGAUGCCGGCGUACGCUUCUUCUCUCCACCGCCUGCCUACUACACUGAGUUGGGAAAACUGCGGGAGAUUGAGGACGCGGGACAGGACGCCCAGAAGUUGGCGCAGCACGGCGUUCUUCUGGACGCCGACCCACAGAUGCAGGCCUCGUCGGCCCGCGAGUCGCAGAGGUACCUCCUGCAGGUGUUCACCAAGCCACUCUUUGCCGAGGACACCUUCUUCUUGGAGCUGAUCGAGCGCCGGGGGUCGAGCGGCUUUGGCGAGGGCAACGUCCGGGCCCUUUGGAGGUCGGUUCAGGUGUACAUGGAUGAAGAGAAGCUGGCGGGCGCUCAGGAAACCGCCCCGCAACAGCCACGUUAAGAACUUUGAAGCAUGCACACUGGAAGGGAUUUUUUUUUUGAACAUCUAGCAACAGGGCACACCUAUGAAAGAGAGAGCACAGAAUGUAAAAAAAAAAAAUUUUUUUGUUCGGGUAUUUUUGCGGGGGUUUUCAAGCAAUGCAUAAGUAUCGCUUUUGAAGUCGAAUGUUGAAAAUUAAUGUAUUGACAUAUUUAUUCCGUGGGACCGUGUUGCAUUACGGAUCAAAAUCAAUUGUUAGGAGCAAAAUACACUUCCUGUUACUGUACAUGCUUCUCCAAAAUACAAAUUAGACGCGUUCUUCUUCGGUGCUGGUGUUUUUCUAAACUACUGUUCUUUUUCCCAUGUGCUGGUUUUAUAAACCUCUCUGAGACACUGCGUGACCUCUUGCAUUUCUGAAAAUAAAUCAGUUUUAAACAGCCACUUA